ACUUGACCAAAUCCAAGAUAUAGUGUCAGAAAUCCCAACUCAUAACUUUACAUAAAUUCACUAUUUUUACCCUACACAAAAUGGCGAUUAUAUUGUUGCCCUUGGCUUUUACUUUCUGAAAAAAUUACUCUAUCAACGCAAAAGAUUCUUUUUCACACAACUAUAAAUCAUAACACCGCUGGUGUGUGUAGAUUAGAAAGAAUGAAGCAACAAAAAGUAGUGCUACUGUAGCAGUAGUAGUCAACAAUAUUCAUUCCCUCCACUCACAUCACUCGACCAAUCCAUAGAGCCCUUCAAUUCUUUUCGAAAUCUGCGCUCUUCUCCUUGUUCCGUUUCUACCAAUGCCGCAGCAGCAUGAGCGCAUUGCUCUUACAACGGCAAUGUUUCUUCACUGCGCCAGAUGUUACAAAACGACAAGCGACGGAAGCAGCAGAUUCUUGGAGAUGCUCAGCAGAAGCUGCAUUGUGUUUCUGCUGCUUGUCUUCUCCUUUUCCGAGCCUGGCUCCGCAAUGUACAACAUCACUCUCCCCGGCCAGCACCCCAACCCUGACCAUGUUGCUCAAGAUGUUCACAGGAAGGUGAAUGUGUCGAUUUCGAGACGAGAAAUGCUAUCCAACGAGGCUAACUGCCUGACUGGCAACCCCAUUGACGACUGCUGGCGGUGCGACCCGAACUGGCAGCUGAACCGGCAGCGGCUGGCGGACUGCGGCAUCGGGUUCGGGCAGUACGCCCUGGGCGGCAAGGGCGGGCGGUACUACGUGGUGACCGACUCGUCCGACCACGACCCGGUCACCCCGAAGCCCGGCACGCUCCGCUACGCCGUGAUCCAGGCGGAGCCCCUGUGGAUCGUGUUCGCGUCCAACAUGCUCAUCCAGCUGUCGGAGGAGCUCAUCUUCAACUCCUACAAGACCCUGGACGGGCGCGGCGCCCACGUCCACAUCAUCGGCGGCGGCUGCCUCACCCUCCAGUACAUCAGCAACGUCAUCAUCCACAACGUCCACAUCCACCACUGCUACGAGGCGGGGGAGACCAACAUCCGCUCCAGCCCCACCCACUACGGCUGGCGCACCAAGUCGGACGGCGACGGGAUCUCCAUCUUCGGCGCCAGGGACAUCUGGGUCGACCACUGCUCGCUGUCGCACUGCAAGGACGGGCUGAUCGACGUGGUGAUGGGGUCCACGGGGAUCACCAUCUCCAACAACCAUUUCUCCCACCACAACGAGGUGAUGCUGUUGGGGCACAGCGAUGACUACUUGCCCGACUCCGGCAUGCAGGUCACCAUUGCCUUCAACCAUUUCGGUAAGAAGUUGAUACAGAGGAUGCCGAGGUGCAGGAGAGGCUACAUUCACGUGGUCAACAAUGACUUCACGAGGUGGGAGAUGUAUGCCAUUGGGGGCAGUGGGAAUCCCACCAUUAACAGCCAGGGGAAUCGUUACAUCGCCCCCUAUGAUCGCAAUGCUAAGGAGGUGACGAAGCGCGUGGAUACGUCCGAGGACAGCUGGAGGGGCUGGAAUUGGAGGAGUGAAGGUGAUAUAAUGGCCAAUGGUGCCUACUUUGUGGCUUCUGGCCAGGGUGUCGAGGUCAAGUAUGAGAAGGCCUACAGUGUUGAACCCAAAUCUGCUGCAUACAUUGACCAAAUCACUUACAAUGCUGGUGUGCUCGGCAGCAGGCGCAACAAUAUGGGCAAGUGGACAGCCGGAAACAAUACUUCCGGAGCUGAUCUAGAUGCGAAUUCCGGCAUGUUCAUGGACUACGAUGAAUAUUCGGGGAGCUGGAGGCCUUGCUCUGCUCAUUCUAUUCUCAAAACUUUUUUAACAACCUUAUCACUCUUUCUGUUUUUAAGUAUCAAAUGAUUGGGAUGAAUCCGAAAAUGUGGUUUUCCUCCCUCGUCUGUUUGCAUCAGAAAUUAUUCAUGUCAUUGGAACUUCAUUGCUCUUCAGAAAAUUUAAGCCCACGACUCUUUUACUUUUGAAA